GAGCAAUUCGGUGGACCUGAGUAUGGAUGAGGUGGCGUGGGACCCUGCCCCUUGGUGUGCAUUCGCGAUGCCGCAGCAUUUUUCAGUGCAUUUUGCGGCCAAUGAGUGGACGGCAACGGACGAAACAUUAACGUUUUGCGGUUCGAGCUGUGUGCGACUCAGGGGUGGAGAUGGGGAGUUGGGAGACGGGUGGGGUGGGGGGCAGAGUGGCAGCGGAGGAAGAAGCAAGGGUCGUUUUCUCUUACCCGGCGGGUCCCAAGAGGCUGUUAUGAACCUUAACAGGCCCACGGUGUGCCUUCGGACUUUUAUGAAGCUUAACAGGCUCACAGUGCGCCUUCUGCGCUCUGCUGAUGUUAAGAUAUUCUGCGUCAACAUCAUAGCGGCAUUCCGGCGAACGGGCAAUAUGGAUGGAGAUGGGUCAUUCAUAGACUGGUUGGAUGGAUGGAGUUGGUAUGAACAUUACUGAACAUAAGUUAAUUGAACAGAACUGCAGUGCGGUACAGUGCUUGAGAAGUCUACAGAUAUAAGGUGCUGAGUCCUUUCUUCAGAACAGGGAAUGUAGUUUUAGUACGUGCAGUCGUGAAGGUGAGCUGCGUUUUCGUUUGUCAUUUCGCUGCGGUCAAUCGAAAAAUGCGCGUAGCAUUUAUUUGGAUGCAGUGGAGAUGAUGAUUUCAUUUUUAUCGUAGGUCGAGUAGCGUAGCAAGGUGGUGUACAAUAAUCGUGUUGCGCUGUUUGUGUGCUUCCGUGAAGAAGUCCCUCCCUCCCUGCGGCGCCCCAUCGUAUGUUUCUCUCUGCCGAUCUGAACAAGCAAGGUAUUCUAUUCGCUCCAUCUC